CGUUAUGUAAUUGGGGAUAAUUGAGGAUGAAAUUUCAUACGACUCCUCGUCCUCUUUAGAAAUAAAUCUGAUAGAUAAUAAUUUUCAAACUCAUUAACCUUUAUCUGGUAGCGAGCUAUCAAUAAUUAUAACUUUUAUAUUUUGUAGUAGCUGGCUACGAGUUGCUAACUUUUCUUACUUUUAGUAGCUGGCUACUAGUAACUGGCUACUAGUAGCCAACUUUUCUCUUUUUAAGUAGCCAGUUACUAGUAGCUGGUUACUAGUAGCCAACUUUACCGAUCUUUUUUUUUUUUUUUUUUUUACUGUUGUUCCUGCUCAUUAAUAUUACAGACAGAAUUCAUGAAGUCAGCUUAGCGCUUUUCAGUACUUUGAUUAUACGAUCUCCACGGGCGGAUCCGGGAAUUGCGGUUACGGGGGGCGCCAAAUUAUGAGACAGGGGAUCUGGGGCCGCCUUGAGGCCCCCAGUGAGCCGAGGGCGAAGCUCUGGUGGGGGCCCAGGGGGCGAAGCUCCCGGAAGCUCCUGGAUUUUACAGAUUUUAUAGGGCUUGAAAUAUGUCUCCUAUUUAUAGUCAUUUGUACUAUUUUCUAUAUUUUUUAUAAGGUAAAAUUGUUAAUAUGAUGCAAAUUUUAAGGAUUUUUUGGAAAAACUUAAGUUCUCCCAAUAAAGUAAUUCAAGAAAUCAAAAGAUUAUGCCAUUUAUUUCUCCGGGAAAGAAAGAAAUUAUUGCUUUUUUAAUCGUUUAUUACAUUUUUUCUAAACAAGAUACCACGAUUUACCUUAAAUUUGAAAAUUACCUUAACUUCCGUCACUGAUCUCAAGGUGAUAUCAAGGACUAACUUCUUAGACAAGGCAGUCUUCUUGUGUAUUCGAAAUACACAUACACCGUUCCAUACCGUGUACACCCGUAAAAUUACUAACUUAACCUAACAUACACUAACUACGUAAAUAACAUAUCAGUUUACAGUGUACAGUACCUGGCAUUGAGUCAUAAUUGUUUAUUUUUUCACUAUAUUUCGAGGUUAAAAAGUUUGCCUUGAUGAUUUCAAAAACUAUUCUCAAUUAUCAUGGUAUCACAAUUUGCUUAGCAUCAUGGAAAAGAAAAUUUGAACAAUUUUGCAUAUAUUUCAUAAUCUUUUCUAAAACUAGGCCUACCUCCAAUUAUUUCCUCAUAAUACAAAAUUUUCUCUUCAUUAAAGUCUCAAAAGCUUACACUCGAACAGCUUUCAUUCAACAAACAACAAUAGCAUAAAUUCGAUUCACAUCUAUAUUAACAAAAACAUCACAUUGUCGGUAUUUUGUCGCUUACGAAACUUGGGCCGAAACGACUAGGUAUCCAAGGCCGAAACGACAAGAGGCCGAAAAAACAUAAGGCCGAACGAACCUAGGGCCGAACUGUAAAAAGGCCGAAACAACUUGCAUCGUACGGUAACACAUAAUUAUAUGCGUUUUGAAUCAUUGUUUUCCCUUGAUAUGGUCCAAUAAUUCUUUUGGGUUGAAAGUAUUUUAAUGGAAUGAAAACUGAUUAAUUCUAAAAUAAACAAUUAAUUGUGUUUAUAUUGUGACAGACUCAUAUUAUACAUGUAUAUUGUAUAAUAUGAUGGGUAUAUGUAUAAAGAAUCGGUUCAUUGAAUAAAAUGCUUAGGCAAGGUAAUGUAAUUUAAACAUGCAGUCAAGCAUAUAAAUUUGGUCACUUUCCCAGUGUAAUGGUCUGGGGUAUAUAAUUAAAUUUUGGCCAAAUGUCCCUUGUGUCUUUUAAUUUCAUUGGUGUUUUAGUUUGUCUUAUGUCAUUGGAUUGGUCUUGGAGAUUUUCCCUCCAAGAGUUCUGUUCUUUGUGGUCAGUCUUUAUUCAGUUUUUGAAGAAGAGAGUUGAUUUCAGUAGAUCUGACAUAUUUUGACAAUUAGACAUAGACCGACAUUUUUCCUCUUGAAUGGUAAGUUAAUAAUUUAUUUCUAAUGCUAAUCUAUUCUAUAAUUCCUUUACUAAAUGUUAAAUCUGUAAUUUUGCAUAAAAUUCCUUUUGUUGCCACAUUCCUGGAAUAAAUGAUCAGUGAGAGUGAGACUUAUAUAAUGUAAAUAUCUGUGAUAGUAAUGUAUAUGAUUCGUCUCACUGUGAUAUUAUUUUAAAGUAAAAGUAUGUUUUAUGACUUACAAGAUAUUGUAGAUAUCAUAAUUAAUUUAUAGAUCAGACCAGUUUGGUGUCAUCUGUAAAUAUUGUUCACUCGAGCCUAUUCCCAUAGAAUGGGUUUCAUCAUUGGACAAUUCGUGCAUUGCAUGGUAACUCCUGAAUAAACGUCUUGUCGAGAACCCAAACAGGUGUUCCUGUUAUUACUUAAGGGAAAGAGAAACCUGUUACAAUAUCGACAUUCAAUAGCUAGAGAACACAAUUCCAAAGUUUAAUCGCAUAGAUAGAAUUCCGGAGAAAACAUAUUCGUCAACCGACGUUGUGCCUAGUGCUGUGAGAAGUACGAGUGAUCAACCGUAACAAUGUAAAUACUCGGUCAUUUCUGCGAGAUAAAAAUAACUCGCGGAAAUGAUCGAGUAUUCUACUUUCGGUUUCGAAUUUGAUUCAAAGAAGUCCUAGUUGUUGAUUUUCCUAAACUUGGAAUGGGAAAAUACAAGGAAUAAGGUUAUUAAGAAGAUGGGAACGGUGGAUGAUGGGAAGGAGAACGAUUUACUGGGACAAGAUAAUGUCAAACCCGCUGUUAAUACUGACAAUACAACAAACGGGCCUGAUGAUCAAAACCAAGUUCCGGCAGUUGACCAAAACAAGCAAGACGGUGAACAAAAUAAUGAAAAGGAUGGAAAGAAACAAGAGCGCCCUACAAAAGGAAGAUCAAGGGCCGUGGAUGAAUAUACUAUUAAUUUAUACUACCUGCAGGAUGCCGAUUCGGCCCGCGACGUGAUGAGGUCACAUGCUCCAAAGUAUGCAAGGAUAUUGGAUGAAAAGAGAAUAUCUGACGGUGAGGAACAUCCGUAUGGAGAUUUUAUCCACUCAUACAAUGUAUGUAUUCAAACAAAUGGAGCCCUGGGGGCACGAAAAGUCGAAUCUGACUUGUAUAACCUGUGGUUUGAUAAAAGGCCAGCAAAUGAGGUUCACUGUUGGUUGGAGAUCCGAAAAAGUAACAUGCGAGGUUAUGACCCCAACCAGUCAUCAAUUACAGCAAUAGAGGGCAUAUCCUUCUGUGGUGGUUCCAUGUUGUCACCAGUGAAAUUUUCUAAACACUGGGAUAUGAAAUCCAGCAAUAAAGUUGUGUUUGAAAAUGACAAACAACUUUUAUCCAUAGAGAGCGUGGUACCAAAUGGACUUUACUCCGACGUUAUAGAGAUUCCAUAUAGUUCAAUGCAUGAUGGUAUCGUAGCACACUUACAAAAACAAUCUACAGCACUGUUUGUCAAUGUGAAAUCAAACCCAAAGAUAUUCAAGAGAAAAGACAUAGACAACACCAGAGCAGACGAAAAGCGGGAUGUUUGUUUCCAGGGAAUCAGCCGAGAAGAGUUUGGAAGGUGUAGUAGCUUUUGUAUUGAGUUGCCUGGAAAUAUACUCAACAAUGCGGAUUCAAAGACACCGCCAGCCUGGCAAGUUGUUUCUAGAUUGAAGCGCCAGGGGUUCGUUGUAGUUUAUGCCGAUGUUACAGUAUUACCUCACAAUCCUACCUACUUCCAGUCCCCGUUUGAAGAUUUUAACAUGGAAUAUGCAUGGAUGUGCCUUGUGUCUCAGGGUUUUAAAGUUACUGAUCACUUCAAUGAAGAAAAUAUAUUAUUUGUACGACGUUCAAUGAAUUGUCUGAUGCCAGAGACUCUCUAUCGCUUUGCAGCCACAGCAAGCGAACAGCCAUUUAUUCACUUUGCGCAUAUGAUAUCAACUCAAGUGAACGAUAAAAAACAGACCAGAGAAGAAGCGGAAGAUUUGCCACCAGGUUAUUCAAUGAUCCGUCGUAUGGUUUUGACGCCAACAAAACAUGUAUUUUUCCCGAAGGAACCAAUUGUUCAGAAUCGCAUCAUUCGACAAUAUGAAGAGGAGUAUUUCAUAAGAAUUGUUUUUCGUGAUGAAGAUUAUGAAAGAGUGAGUGCCGUUCAGCCCAAUGCUCUUGAUUCAAUAAUUGACGCCAUGAAAAACAUUUUGCGAGCAGGUUUUCAAAUUCUUGAUCGUAAUUACGAAUUUUUAGGAUGCUCUAACAGCCAACUGCGAGAGCAUGGGUUUUGGUUUUUUUGCCCAAACAAUGGCAUUUCAGCACAGCUAAUCCGUGAUCGAAGUGGCGACAUUUCAAGGGAGAGAUGUGUAGCGUCAUAUGUAUCACGCUUUGGACUGUGUUUUUCCGCCUCUCGUGAUACGGUGGACGUCGGUGUGAAUCCUGGAGAAGUGGUGAAAGAAAAAGAUAUCGAAAGAAAUGGUUAUUGUUUUUCUGAUGGCAUCGGGAAAAUAUCGCCGUAUCUUGCAAAUCAGGUAAAAAAUGCUCUUCAGUUAAAUGUGGAACCCUCUGCUUUUCAAAUUCGAUAUGGAGGAUGCAAAGGGGUUGUUUCACAGGAUCCAAAUCUGAGUGAAGACUGUAGCAUCCUUGUUAUUCGAAAAAGCAUGGACAAAUUUACAUCGACGUCGAGAAAUCUCGAGAUUUUGCAAGUAACUAAUCCAGGAAGACUUCAUCUAAACAGACAAGUAAUCACACUUCUUUCUGGGCUUGGUGUCCCAGAUAAAGUUUUCUUGUCACUUCAAGAAGACAUGCUCUUUAGCUUGGCAGACAUGAUGCUUUAUGACAAGGAGGCACUAAAAGCGCUCUCAGGGUUAUCAAUUAAUAUCAAGUUCAAGAAACUUCAAAAGAGAGGAAUCGUCUUUAUCAGAGAACCAUUCUUCAGAUCCAUGUUGAUAACAAUCUAUAAGAGCAAAGUUCGGGAUUUGAUGCGUCGCGCACGAAUCCAGUUACCUUUUGAAAAUGGUCGUAUUAUGAUGGGGACCAUAGAUGAAACUCGGACGUUAGAAUAUGGACAGGUUUUCGUUCAGUAUUCAUGCGUUCCUGGACAACAACAGAAAGAUUCAAUUGUGCUCACGGGACCAGUUGUGGUUACUAAAAAUCCUUGUUUUCAUCCCGGAGAUCUCCGUAAAUAUGAAGCCGUCGAUGUCCCAGACUUACACCAUAUGUUCGAUUGCAUUGUGUUCCCACAGAAAGGCCACCGACCUCAUCCUGAUGAAAUGUCAGGUUCUGAUCUAGAUGGCGAUAUGUAUUUUGUAUGUUGGGACGACCAAUUGUGCAACGUCAUUGAAAAUCAAGCACCCAUGGACUUUCCUAAAUCUGAAAAAAUUAAAUUAGAUCACGACGUCAUGGUUGAUGAUAUCAUAGAAUUUCUUGGUGACUAUAUCAAGAACGACAAUCUAGGUAUUAUUGCCAAUGCCCAUGUUGUUCACGCUGAUAGAGGGGAUGUUUUCACCGACGCCUGCAAGCGACUUGCUAAAAUGCAUUCAGAUGCCGUUGAUUUCCCCAAAACCGGAAUUCCAGCUAAAAUGAACAAAGAUCUGAAGGUGGAUAAUUAUCCAGAUUUUAUGCAAAAGACAGAUAAGCCACAAUAUAUGUCCAAGAAGGUACUUGGAAAAUUAUUUCGUCAAUGUCGCGCACUCGAGCAAGCUCAGACAAGGAAAAUGGACAAGCAAAACAUUAUACGGAAUUUAAGAAUUGAUGAGGACUUCAUCCUGAUCGGGUGGGAAAAGUAUGAAGAAGACGCAGUGAUAACUAGAAACUCCUACAAUGAUAAACUGAAACAACUUUUAACUUUAUAUGGUAUUGAAAAUGAAACUGAAGCCAUUUCUGGUAUCAUUAGAAGACUAAGGCCAAACAGAGGAUGUCUUAACAAUGAGAAAUAUGAAAUAGGGCAAAUAGUGAAAGCAAAAAUGUCGGUAGUGAGAAAGAGAACAAGGGAACGGUUUUUUCAAGAGUUUGGAGGCGAGUCCAAUAUUGACUUAGAACAUAUAGGAAAAGAGGUAUUGUUGAAAGCAUCAGCAUGGUAUCAAAUUACUUACCAUCAGAGCCCAGACAAUCCUGAACCUUUGUUGAGUUUUCCUUGGGUUAUUGCGGAUGUUUUGGCUUUGCUUAAAGGUGAUAAACUUCAGAAAAGAACAGAGACCAUUACUAAAGAUGUCACCGAAGAAAACGAACAGUUUGAAGACAACCUGUUUGACAUUGGAUCAUCUAUAGUUCGUCGAUUUUUCUUUACCAAGAGUCAAAGGCAGUUAACUUUGAAUAAUUUAAAACUUGUUGCAAACUUUGUAUUGGGCCUUCUUGCUCCUGUUAAAGGGGCAUCUUUCAUUCCCGUUGGAACAUCCAUAGUAGGACUUAUGAAAACAGAUGAAGUAACACUAGAUAUCUAUAUGGAUUCAAAACAAAACAGAAAACCUGUAUUUGAUUUUAUUCAAAAUUUGCUUUAUAAAGAAAAUAUUAAGAUCACAGAACGCGGUCCUUGUCCUAGAUACAGUGUCAGACUCGGUGACAAUUUAUAUUUUGUCAGAUUUUCAACAGACGUAAAUGUUUUGCGGAGAUCUGUAUUUCUCAAAACUUUCAUUGAAGAAAACAAAGAGAUUGUCCCGGCUAUUUCGUUCCUUUUAGAUUGGGGAAGAAGAACUUUCGUUGUUUCUCCAACUAGAUCGGGACAUAUUUUUGAUGAAAUUACUUUUGCGAUGGUCGUCAGCGGAUGUGUUUUAAAAUUGAAGGAUCUUCCAAAGCACAAACUUUCACACCCAAAGAUCGUAGGGACAGGUGUUAUCAGUGCUGAAACAAUGCACAUGAUCGAAGUCGAUGAUAUUCCUGCAAGUAAAACCAAAACUCUAGCAAAAAUCGUCAUGCAGUUUUUCAAAGAUUAUAGGUCUAUACUAGCUGAAAAUGUCGAGAAAGGGAUAAUUCAGUUUAUCCCGGACCCAUCCCAUAAAAACGAAAACAAAAAUCUCUUGAAACAUCCGCUAAGUCAAAAUAAUACAACUUCAUUGCUGAAUGAAAUGCUUUGUGGCUAUCAACAAAUAGCAGAAAAAAAUAGCAUCGAUUCCUUUUUUGGGCAUGUUGAAUUUGAUGAAGGUCACCUGGUGUUAAAUCUUCCACUUGAUACUUGGGAUUCCCUUUUCUUUGCCGAGGCUUAUAUUGAGAGACAACUGUCUCGGGCAACACGAGCAGACAUCAACAUUCGGAGAACAAAUUUUAGAGAAACGAAAGGGAUUAUUUUAGAAGCAUGGGGAAGCUCCGAACAACUUUGGAAUGUGAACAAAUCAUUACAAGACCUAGGCGAGAAAUCUUCAAAGUUUGUUUCGACGCUUGCAAGAGAUAGAGCAUUCAUUGAAGGAGCUUAUGUGACUUUCUUUGAAGGCAGCAGAUCGAAAAGUGACAUAUUAGAUUUUCAACAUUAUACCGGAAAAAUACAAGAAGACCACAAGCAUCGAGGCCCCGCACAUCUUCCAUGCUUGCUCAGCGUUUCAAGGAACGUCGAUCCAUCAUUAGAACAUGUUUACGAUAAUGAUCCAGAUUGUCAAGAAUUUCAACGUGCAUUUUUAGAGCAACUACAUGUUGUCAGAGAAAACUAUGAUGUUACCUAUCAUGGCGUCCUUCGUUUGGCAAUUACAUUCGGUAAAGUGUAUUUAGUAGAUGUAGACGUAGGUCAGAUGACAAUUAAAGAUUUGCAAGAAAAACUUCAUCGGAAACAUUUCAUCGAAAGGAAAGAAUUUCACUUAUACCAGAGGGUUCGGGGUCGUGGCAGAGGACGAGGGCGACGAAGAGGGGAAAGCUACAGUAAACUUCGAAACAACUUCCCUCCGAGACGAAGGAAAAUUAGCAGUUCAUUUAUUCCAUGUAAUUGUGAUCCCAGAAAAGUUGAAGAGUUUCUCGAAGAGAUGGGAUUCAAAAAGGCUGGAAAGGAAAAGAAGUAUCACGUUAGUGUAGGAACUGGCGAAGCCGAUUUCGGUAAACCUCAUACUGGUCUCUGUGUCCUAGAUCGAGACUUUCGCUUCAUCCAUUUCCGUUUAUCAGAUCUUAAAUGGUUAGCUGGCGACAUCGUUCGACUAAAGAACGACGAGAAUAAGGAUAUUUUAGAUGUACGAUGCAAGCUGCAGUCAAGGAGAAUUCUUGAUGUGGAAUCUGUGCGGCAAAUGAGUGACAUAAAGGGUCUUCUUGAUGAGAAUUUCCGUUUGGUGGAAGUGUACGGCAAUGGUCUUCGUGUUUCUCCCGAUUUCAAAGACAGGGUGUCAUUUCUUCGAGAAAAACAAGUUAACUCAUAUUCUUACCCAGAUUUGUCUGAUGAGCAGGGCAUCUGGCACAAUAUGAAAAUAGAUGUGGCGACCGUGAAAGAACAUUCCGGAUACAACAGCAUCACCGGGACGUUUUCUGACACAGUCGAGAGAACAGAGGUUACAAUGCUUCCCAAACUCCCAGAUCUCAGUUCUAAUGAUGACGAGUUGAAGACAUAUGCCAGAAAAACAUGGAAUCUUGCUUUGUAUAUUGGUCACAGAUUUGAGUAAUACGAUUUCGUGGCUUAUUUCAUACUGUGUUGUGUUAUUUUAGAAUAACGAACAUCUGCCAUUGCACAGUCGCCUGUAAAUAUUCAUAUAUACUGCUACUAUAGAUGUAGAUUGAUUUGAUCUGAUGUAUGUUUAAUUGUUUGCGAUAAAAUUGUGCAAAUUGUUACAUGUAUCGGUAACAAGUGUUAUAAUGGGCGUUGUAGAAUUUUUUUUCUUUUCAUAUCGUUAUGGUAUAAAGAUGCAUCUAACGCAUUUUAUUAUUGUUUAGUAUGCUUUGCCAUUGGUAUUUUGCGUGUGAAUGGAGGAAGCUAUCUUUCAACACAAAUCCAUUAGCAUGACAAGGUUAUUUAGAGGGACAUUGGUUCACUCUAUUCGUAAUUUGCAAGAUUAUACACAAUACCGCUAUGUGUGCAUAUGUAAUAUUUUUUCAACAAAGACAGGCUUUGGAUUUUGAGUCUGGAUUUAGUCAUGAUUUAAUUUGGUGGAAGGAGUGCUCACAGUCUUGUCAGAGGUUCAUAAUCUCCCAUGAAGCGCUCUUUCACAUGGGCUGUUUCAAAUAGCAAAUAAUUCAUUCUGCUAUCUUUUCCAGUUUGGAUCUUUGGUAAUUAAAAUUAUCCGAAACUGUGCAAUUGUCUGAAUGUUACAUGUGUAUGCUGUACAUGUUUAUGUCUUUUGAAUUAAACGCUCAAACUAUUCAUUUACAUAGUCUAAUCAAUACGUGUUAGGAAUUUAAAUCAAACCUUGCUCAUUCUGACGAUUGAAUAUAGUUAUUCACAGUAGUCCGUCAUCGUGAUAGUUUGCAGACCACUUAGGAAUUCAUCACAUGACUCAUUAUUUUAUACUUAUAGUAUCUCUUGUAAAGGUUAGCCAAACGUCCAGACUUUGUCGUGUCCGAAGUUAAAUGUCGCACUCUUAGUAAAAGUUUGGAUUGAUUUGUAUGCAAUGUUAGUGAUCAAGAUUAGAUUUAUUGUGGUUCAUAAUUUAAAGAUGUGCUGGACAGAAAUGUCAAAACCAUUUUCAGCUAUUUUGUAAUAUUUAUAUUCUUUCUAUGUGGUUUUAAAAGAAUGAAAUGAUUGUAUGGUUUGUAUGUAUAUUAAAAUAUGCGUCAUUGAC